AUGUCUUCCACCGCUUCGACCAACCAGAAGUCGCAGCCCUGGCAAAAGUAUGUUCAAGUGGGGCCAGAUGCGGCUCAAUCCUGGGAUUCAUCCAAGAAUGUGACCGGCAGAAGUGAGCAUGGCGGUGGACUUGACGGGGGGAACAGCGUCCCGAAAGCCCAGGAAAAGAGCAACGUCCGGCUGGUUGCGGAGAAGGACGCACACUGUUUGGAUCCAGACUCGGAUGAUGAAUGA